AUGCGACACAACAAAAACGCCAAUGCUGAGAGUGCAGACUCUCCCGCUGUUCUCUCAAAGAAGAUGGACCCUUUCCCAGAUAGCUUCCUUCCUAUAUUCAUUCAAAAUCAAUUCCGAACAAAAAUUGAGCUCCCAACUAAAGAACGAUAUCCAAGCGUACAAGGGAAAUGCGCGAUUAUCACGGGCUCAAAUACUGGAUUAGGAUUUGAGUCAGCAAGGCAGCUUCUCGCUCUUGGUCUCUCACAUCUUGUUAUGGCGGUACGAUCUUUGGAAAAGGGAAAUGAAGCGGCUAAAAAACUCCAUGAUGCAAAUCCAGCGGCAAAGAUCCAUGUUUGGAAGCUGGAUAUGGAAUCCUACGACUCUGUGCAGACCUUUGUUGACAGGUGUCACAGAGAACUUGAUCGUCUUGAUAUUGCUAUCUUGAAUGCAGGACUAAGUCCGCUGUCAUUUAGCACUUGUUCAACUGGUCAUGAGAAGACCAUGCAAGUCAAUCAUUUCAGCACAGCUUUGUUGGCAGUGCUUCUACUUCCUUGCCUAAAAAGUAAAGCGAGGGGUAACGAGCUACCUCAUCUAACAAUUGUCAACUCAGUUACGGCGCACUUGUGCAAAUUUCCUAACAGAAAUGAGAGCCCUCUCCUGGCUUCGUUUGAUGAUACAAAUAUCACUGCCUGGGAUCCACAAGAGAGGUACGGGGUGUCCAAGUUGAUAAGCCAAUUAUUCCUUGUCAAACUGGCAGAUCUGGUAAACCCUGAUAACGUCGUUAUCAAUAUGGUCGACCCAGGGCUUACAAAAGGCACAAGCCUCGCCCGAGAUGCUAAAGGAGCAAUUGGUGUGGCAGUCAAAGGACUUUUAGCCAUUGCUGGAAGACCAACUGAGAGAGGUAGCGCCACAUAUGUGGAUGCCGUUCUAGGCCAUGGAAAGGAUUCUCAUGGGUGUUUCCUGAUGAACUGCAAAAAUGCGCCCCUCGCCUCUUGGUUCUAUACCGAUGGAAUUAAGCUGACGGAUUUAGUAUGGAAUGAGACACUCCAGGAGUUUAAAUUUGCUAAUUUGGAAGAUAUAAUUGCGUCUUUGCAAUAA